AUGGAUAUUACAUUUCUGGGAUCUUUGCUCCUCACCCUGCUGGUCUCCUGUCUCCUGAUUUACUCAACAUGGAAUAAAAUGUAUCAAAAAAGGAACUUACCCCCUGGUCCAACACCGCUACCUCUGCUGGGAAAUAUUCUUCAAAUCAAGAGGGGAGAGAUGGUGAAAUCAUUGUUAGAGGUUAGUGUUCAAAUGUAUAGAAUCUUAACAAAACAAAAAACUACAUAUAGAAAACCAAUAAAUUCAAAUAAUUAUUUACCAGUAACCUGUUCUUAAAUGGAAUGUGAUUUCGUAUUAAUGAGUUGUUCAUGUUGAAGGACUUAAUAUGCAGAUCCCUAAUGCUAUCAUGUAGUAGUAUUUGUGUUUCAUACACACACACACGGCACUCACACACACACUGCACUCAUACACACACACACACUGUAUUCAUACACACACACACUGCAUUCAUACAAACACACUGCAUUAUAUACACACACGCUGCAUUCAUACACAUACACUGCAUUCAUACACACACACACUGCAUUCAUAGACACACUGCAUUCAUACACACACACACUGCAUUCAUACACACACACACACACGGCACUCACACACACACUGCACUCAUACACACACACACUGCAUUCAUACACACACACACACUGUAUUCAUACACACACUGCAUUCAUACAAACACACUGCAUUACACACACACACACACACACACUGCAUUCAUUAUAUACACACACUGUAAAUAAAUAUUCAAUUAAUAUAAUUUGGGGGGAUCUAAUUGAAUAUAGAAAUUUACCAGUAGCUUCUGCAUUUCCCACCCUAGUCUUAUACUCGAGUCAAUAUGUUUUCCCAGUUUUUGGGGGUAAAAUUAGGGGCCUCGACUUAUAUUCGGGUCGACGUAUACUCAAGUAAAUAUGGUAUCAAAAAAUGAGCAUCGAAAAAAUGUUAGCACAAGUUAUAGAUGUUUUUUCUAUGUUUAAUUCAUUGAUAAGAACUGAUGGUUACCCUUAAACUUUUGUAUAAAUCAGGAAAGAUAUCAUGACUGAACGAUAUCAUGUCAUAGAUUUUUUUUCCCAUUGGUAUGUUUUUGUUUUCUAUCUCCACUGGAUUUUUUAAAUCCAAGUGCUAAUGCAUAACUUCAAAAUAAGCAUACAGUGCAGUGUUGCAACCACAUAACAGAUGAAAAUGGAGAAAUGUAUCUCUAAGCCUCCUACAUUCAGAAUGCAUGAAAUACAGGGGAGAGUAGGGGGACAGAAAACAAUUUUUUUUAAAAACAUUUUUAAAAGGUACGCGUUUCACAUCUCUCUCCCAAACUUGAUGUAUGUGGCAGUGGCUAGCCACAACAGUGACUUAACUGACCACCUCACCCGUCUCGAACUAGGAUGAAUUUCUCAUGGGCAUUCCAUUGCUUUACGUGUUUCCUGUAGAUGUAUUUUCAUGUUUUAUUAUAAGGUUAGUCACCUAGUCAUCUUCAACAUGCAAGGUUGGUGGUUUUCUCUUUGACACGUCUUGCAUCCAUGUAAAUGCAGACAGCGUUCCAUGUAUAAUAUGCGUACCAGAAGCUCACUAUUUCUUUUAGAAAAUACAAUUAAAUACAUUGUGCGUCUCUUGUUGUGACUGUGACACAUUGAUUAGUGUUACAACAUGUUUUUAUUUCAUUUCUUGAGAUUUUUACUAAUAUGUUUACUUAUCCCUAUAUUUAACAAAUAUGUGUUUGUAAUAUCAGAAAAUAAAAUUAAUUGUAUCAUCCACACUGGUAACCUUAGCUCUACCCUGGAAUAACGUGAUUCCAUAUCUAUCAGGUUCUGUGAUAAACUCUGACCUUUGCAGUUGGCAGUCAGUACAGAGAGACAAAAGGCGAGACAAUGUUACAGUCUCUCUUCCUCUAAUGAACUGUGUGCCAGGCUGUGCCAGGACUCACCCGGAUUGUGACAUCAAUUGCUAAAUAUCUGGUACAUUCCAAAAAUUGUUUUUUGCCAAAAACAAUAAUACAAGUCAUGGGCCAUUUUCAUGGUUUUAUUCUGUUGUGUAAUAUCUACAAAUGACCAGGGAGGUUUCAACAUACUUGUUUCUCUUCUAUAAGUGUACUUUUCUUGUUAAUAAUAUGAAUCGAGCGUUUUAUUAUUUAUUUCUUUUUUAAUUUUAUCCUAUACGUUUCUGUCUUUUUCUUUUAUUGCUUCAGUUUGGAAAAAAAUAUGGUCCGGUUUACACCAUUUACUUUGGUCCAAGGCGUGUAGUGGUGCUAUGUGGGUACCAGGCAGUUAAAGAAGCACUAAUUGACCAAGCAGAUGAGUUUAGUAAUCGAGGAAAUCAAUCAAACAUAGAUAGCUUUUUCCAAGGAUUUGGUAAGUUUUUACCCUGUUUGGUUUCAAUUUAAUUAACUUAAUACAGUGGCCAUCCAUCAAUUUAUCCAACAAUGAAUCCAUCCAUUAAUCUCUCCCAUAGACAGUGCAAGUCUUGCUUCCACGUACUUCUUACAUACAUGUUCCACUUGCCUCUUAUUAAGGCAUAUCAUUGUCAAAGUACUAACACACUCAAGGCAAGGAUUGUUGGACCGUUAUCCCAAUCAUACAGUAUAUGUAUGGUCUUCAUACAUUAUCAUUUCCUUUACCUGAUCCAGGUGUGUUUAGAAAGGGUUUUAAUUUCCCACCUAUUCAGGUAGACAUUGAGUGUAUAAUUGAACUAUUAUCUAUAUUCUUGUAUAGACCGAUAUACGUUAUUUGCUGGGUUAUUAUCACGGUAAUGUUAGCUGCUAUUUAUGUUUUUGAGUUCUUCGCACUGUAAUCCAGGUAUCAGACGUUUCCAUUUCUAAGACAGGGCAGUGUUCCUGGUAUAGGUAAUCCAGCCAUACCUGAGAUCAAGUUUACUGAGUAAUAAUUAUCAGUUUUGACAUUGUUGUGCCAUUAUUGUGUCUGGACUCAUGGUACCAUUUUAUUUCCAUCUGAUUCCAUAUUCACAAUAUGAUAUUUUAUUUUCACUUCGUUCUUCAAUUAUCAUUUUAGCUUCCUUUGUGUUUUUGGACCUAAGUAGCCUUAAACAAUUCUAUGAAUUCACAUGUUUUUGUUGUACUUUGACAUAGAUUAAACCUUACCAUGAUGCGUAUUAUUGAUCUAAGACAUACAAACAUUUACCAUUAUAUAUGUCACUGUUCUAAGACAUGUGUCUGGGAAAAUUGCUCCCCUUGCCACUAGGAUAGAGUGGAAUGUGGGGUAACAGCACAAUACUAAACUAAUACAUGUAACUACAUUAUUUUAAUAUUAUUGUAUACUAAUUCUUGUGGCAUUAGUACAAAACAUGUAUUAUAAAAUUAACAAAGGGAGUGGAAGACCAUUGAUCAUCAUUCAUAUCAAAGUUAUAAGAUAUAUAACCAUUUACCACUGCACAUAUAUAGAUUCUGAGACGCAUGACUGUUUAGCGCCAUACGUGUAAUGGCUCUAACUCUCAUAGCUCACAGCCAUGUAGUUUGAGGGUGUAACAGCUGUUGACAUUGUGGUACCAACAUCCUCAUACGGUGGAUGACUGUGUCUUACAGGGGUUGUUUUCAGUAAUGGUGAAAGAUGGAAGCAGCUACGACGCUUUUCCCUCACGACUCUGAGAAAUUUCGGGAUGGGUAAACGAUCCAUUGAAGAGAGGAUUCUGGAGGAGGCUCAGUGUCUUGUGGCUGAACUCAGGUCAUACAAAGGUAGGUAUGCAGGGAUAGAAAAGAGUGUGCGUGUAUCUGUGUGUGUUAUACUGAGAUGAAAAACAAUACAUUUCAUUUUUUCAUAUCUCCUUUAACUGGUUUCUAAUGUGUUAUUCUACACCCUGAUCUAUCUUUUACUUUUUGGAUCUACAGGGAAGUCCUUUGACCCGACCACCAUCCUCAUACAGUGCGUUUCCAACGUAAUCUCCUCCAUUAUGUUUGGAAGUCGCUUUGAAUAUAAUAACAAAAAAUUGCAGACACUCCUCAGCCUGUUUGCUGCUACCUUCAACGACAUGAGCAGCAAGUGGGGACAGGUAGAGGAUAAGAUAAUAUUCUAAUCAGCACCGUGUCUGUCUCUUAGCACUAAAAUAAUUACUGCAGUUUAGAUGCAUACACACAGGAAGGAACGUCGUAACACUUAACAUCUUUGUAUUUACUGAUCUACAGUUAUAUGAGAUGCUUCCCAUGGUCAUGAAGUACAUUCCAGGCCCUCAUCACAGGAUAAACAAACACCUCAACAAGCUUCUUGAGUUUGUUUCAAAAAGAGUGAAAAAUAAUGAAGAAACUCUGGAUCCCGACUCACCCAGAGACUACAUAGACUGUUUCCUGAUCAAAAUGCAGCAGGUAUUGACUCUGCUCAAUAACUUUACUGAGCCCCAAGGUGGGGAUAACAAUUAGUUUAAAUUAGAUCUCUUGUAAGUUCACCCAAAAUUAAAUACAUAUUACUACUAAAUCGCAAAGAAAAACUGUUUAAUUUAAACAUUGUCACCUGCUAACAAAGCUUUUAUUGAUACCGCUCUAAAAAAUUACCACCCCCACUGCAGCUCCCCACACCUCCUAUAACCCACACUACCUGAGCAGCACACUCACUGCAGCUCCCCACACCUCCUAUAACCCACACUGUCUGAGCAGCACACUCACUGCAGCUCCCCACACCUCCUAUAACACACACUACCUGAGCAGCACGCUCACUGCAGCUCCCCACACCUCCUAUAACACACACUACCUGAGCAGCACGCUCACUGCAGCUCCCCACACUUCCUAUAACUCACAUUACCUGAUCAGCACACUCACUGCAGCUCCCCACACCUCCUAUAACCCACACUACCUGAGCAGCACGCUCACUGCAGCUCCCUACACCUCCUAUAACACACACUACCUGAGCAGCACGCUCACUGCAGCUAUCCACACCUCCUAUAACCCUCACUACCUGAGCAGAAUUCACCCUGCAGCUCCCCACACCUCCUAUAACCCACACUACCUGAGCAGCACGCUCACUGCAGCUCCCCACACCUCCUAUAACCCUCACUACCUGAGCAGAAAGCACCCUGCAGCUCCCCACACCUCCUGCCAGCCACACUGCACAGACAUGCGGCUCACUGCGGCUCCACACCUCCCUAUAACCCCACACUGCCACCAGGCAGCACGCUCACUGCGGCUCCCCUCCCAUAAACCCACACUGCACCCACGGGCGAGCAGGCUCGCCGCGGCUCCCCACGCUCCCAACACACGCACUACCUGGGCAGCCUCACUGCGGCUCCCCACCUCCUAUAGCCAGCGCACUGCCACCAGGGCAGCUUGUUCCUGGCUUCCUGCACCUCCUGUGGCCCACACUGCCUGGGCAGCAGGCUCACUGCAGCUCCCCACACCUCCUAUAAGCCACACUACCUGAGCAGCACACUCACUGCAACUCCCCACACCUCCUAUAACACACACUAUCUGAGCAGCACACUCACUGCAUCUCCCUACACCUCCUAUAACACACACUACCUGAGCAGCAGGCUCACCACAGCUCUCCACACCUCCUAUAACACACACUACCUGAGCAGCACAUCACUGCAACUCCCCACACCUCCUAUAACGCACACUACCCGAGCAGCACGCUCACUGCAGCUCCUCACACCUCCUAUAACUCACACUACCUGAGCAGCACGCUCACUGCAGCUCCCCACACCUCCUACAACCCAUACUACCUGAGCAACACGUUCACUGCAGCUCCCCACACCUCCUAUAACACACACUACCUGAGCAGCACGCUCACUGUAGCUCCCCACACCUCCUGUAACACACACAACCUGAGCAACAUGCUCACUGCAGUUCCCCACACCUCCUAUAACACACACUACCUGAGCAAUACACUCACUGCAUCUCCCUACACUACCUGAGCAGCAUGCUCCCUGCAGCUCCCCACACUUCCUAUAACCCACACUACCUGAGCAGUACACUCACUGCAGCUCCCCACACUUCCCCACACCUCCUAUAACACACACUACCUGAGCAGCACGCUCACUGCAGCUCCCCACACCUCCUAUAACACACACUAAGUGAGCAACAUGCUCACUGCAGCUCCCUACACCUCCUAUAACCCACACUACCUGAGCAGCACACUCACUGCAGCUCCCCAUACUUCCCCACACCACACUUCCCCACACCUCCUAUAACACACAUUACCUGAGGCAGCAGCUCACUGCAGCUCCCCACACCUCCUAUAACACACACUACCUGAGCAACAUGCUCACUGCAGCUCCCCACACCUCCUAAAACACACACUACCGGAGCAGCACGCUUACUGCAGCUUCCCACACCUCCUAUAAACCACACUACCUGAACAGCACACUCACUGCAGCUCCCCAUACCUCCUAUAACUCACACUGCCUUAGCAACACACUCACUGCAGCUCCCCACACCUCCUAUAACCCACACUACCUGAGCAACACACUCACUGCAGCUCCUGACACCUCCAAUAACACACACUGCCUGAGCAGCACGCUCACUGCAGCUCCCCACACCUCCUAUAACCCACACUACCUGAGCAGCACUCUCACUGCAGCUCCCCACACCUCCUAUAACACACACUACCUGAGUAGCGGUACAAAGCUUAAGUUGUUAUGCUAGGAAAUCCUGGCCACUCUGGCUUUUUCCUUCCAACCAAGUUUCCAGUUUCUAAGAGGAAGCCAGGGGCUGUCUGAGAGGAUGAGAACAUUAGCUGACACUCUUAGCACUAACCUCUUAUUGAGUAAACUGCAUUAAAACAUCACCUCUUCGUCUCAGUUAAUUUUAGUUUUUGAGUUACUUUUUAUCAAAUAUACCUUUUCUCUAAUUGUAAAUUGCUACAGAGUUUGUUGGCGCUAUAUAAAUGCUAAGAAUAAUAAAAGGUGGUACUUUUCUCUCGCAGUUUUCUUAAUGGGAAGCUAGUGAUAGCCAUAAAGUGUCAGCUGACGGUCUAACCAGUACACAGUUUGAGGCUUUGUUACUGAGGCCAAGGACUUCACUGGAAGAAUUGGGGACAAAAAUUUAAUCUUUUUCUUGCGUUUGAGAUUCCGUAAAAAAAUCUGUCCAUUUUGAAAUCUGUAAUGCAUCGCUGAUGUUCCCCGAGAAGAUUUUAAAAUUAGAGAAACACAAAUUUAUCUCUCAUUAUUAAAGCGGCACUGUCAUGCCGAACUUACCUUUCCUCAAUCUCUUUCUCUUCUCCCCCUCUCUCAGGAUCUGUUCUUCUUUUCUUCCUGUCUUCUUUAGUUUAAAAUCAUAAGACAAAGUAGUGACUCUUUGCUUGACCAUCUCUGACCAACGGAGGAGCAAAGUGUUCUUCAUUUCCGCUGGUCAGAGCAAUUUUCCCAUGAUCCUUACCUUUCCUCUGUGUUCCCACGAUGCUUCCUGUCAUUUUAGAUGAAACUGUCGAAUUGCGUUCUAACUGAAUGAGAACAGUAUGUUCGUUUCUUUUAGAACUCAGUUCGGCACUUUAUUCGCGUCGGAAUUUAAUUCGAAUGAAUGAAACUCCAAUCCUAUUCGUGCUGUGGCUGCAUCUUGCAGCCGCUUAGUAGAUAACUCCCUAAUUCCCACGGUAUCAGGAAGUUAUCUACUAAAAGGCUGAAAGACCUAAAUUGGUCUUUCAGCCACAUUUACUAAUACUAAGUAAAAAUUACUUAGUAUUAGUAAAUGCUGCCCCUACUCGCUAUACCGCCACAGGCUGCUCACUGUAAAAAUAAAUAAAAACCUAUCGGCCCUAAAGUAAAAUAAGGGGGAAGACCUAUUGUCCCCCCCCCGGCCCUCCCCCCGUGCGGUGGGUGUGGGUCAUAAUGAUAAUGAGGGGGGGGACCUACUGUCCUCCCCCCUGGCCCCCACCCCUUGGCGGCAGGAGGGGGCCCUAAGUCAAAUUCCCCCCCCCCAUUAAAGGUGACUAGGGGUCCCCAAGCACCUAGUCACCCACCCCCCCACCGAAAUAAAAAAUCCCCUUCCUACCCCCCUCACCCUAAAAAAUAGUGAGGGGGGAAUAAAAUUACUAACCCCCUGGCCCCCACACCUGGGCGGCAGAUGGGGGCCAUAAUGAUAAUGAGGGGGGGAACCUACUGUCCUCCCCCCUCCAGCCCCCACCCCUGGGCAGUGGGUGGGUGCCAUAAUGAUAAUGUGGGGGGGACCUACUGUCCUCCCCCCCAAGACCCCCAACCCUGGAUCGCUGGUGGGGUGCAAAUGAUAAUGGGGGGACCUACUGUCCUCCCUCCCCGACCCCCAUCCCUGGGCAGCAGAUGGGGGCCAUAAUUAUAAUGGGGGGAACUACUGUCCUCCCCACCCCUGGGCAGCGGGUGUGGGCCAAAUGAUAAUGGGGGGUACCUACUGUCCUCCCCCUGCCCCCACCCCUGGGCGGUGGGUGGGGGCCAUAAAGAUAAUGAGGGGGGAUCUACUGUCCUCCCCCACCGGCCACCCACCCCUGGGCGGCGGGUGGGGGCACUAAGUCAAAUUCCACCCCCCCAUCAAAGGUGACUAGGGGUCCCCAAGCCCCUAGUCACCCACCGCCCCACCCAAAUAAAAAGUCCCCUACCUACCCCCCUCACCCUAAAAAAUAGUUAGGGGGGAAUACAAUUACUAACCUGUAAAGUAAAAUUAAACUUACCAUUCGACGUCUUCUUUUUUCUAAAAUCUUCAUUUUUCAGCCCCCAAAAAGGCCAAAUAAAAAAACAUCAUAUCCGUCGAACUUAAAAUAAAAUCCGGAGCGGGGGGUAGGAAGGGGAUUUUUUAUUUAGGUGGGGGGAUGGGUGGGUGACUAGGGGCUUGGGGACACCUAGUCACCUUUAAUGGGGGGGGGAUUUGACUUAGGGCCCCCACUGCCGCCCAGGGGUGGGGGUUGGGGGGGAGGACAGUAGGUCCCCCCUCAUUAUCUUUAUGGCCCAGACCCGCCGCCCAGAGGUCUCCCCCAUUAUCAUUUGGCCCCCACCCGCCGCCCAAGGGUGGGUUGUCGGUGUGGGAGGACAGUAGGUCCCCACCCUCAUUAUCAUUAUGGCCUCCACCCGCUGCCCAGGGGUGGGGUGCUGGGGGAGGACAGUAGGUCCUCCUCCUCAUUAUCAUCAUGGCCCCCACCCGCCGCCCUUGGGUGGGGGUGUAGGUGGGAGGACAGUGGGUCCCCCCCUCUUUAUCAUCAUGGCCCCCACCCGCCGCCCAGGGGUGGGGGCCGGGGGGAGGGAGGACAGUAGGUCCCCCCCUCUUUAUCAUCAUGGCCCCCAGCUGCUGCCCAGGGGUGGGGGCUAGAGGGAAGGACAGUAGGUCCCCGUCCCCCCCAUUGUAAUUUAUGGCCCCCACCCCCCGCUCAGCGGUAGAGAGUAGGGGGAUUGGGGAGAUUUUAUUCUCCUUUAUGCUAUUAUGGGGGUCAUAUUGACCCCCAUAUCGUGAGGGGGGGACCUGGGGUCCUUAUGAAGUGGCGGGGAGCACUGCCCCCUGCCGCUUCUAUCUUUACCUAUUACAAAGAGGGAGCUGUGUGCCGGUAACUCCCUCCUUGUAAUAAACUGCACUGCACUAUUCAGUGUUUGUUUGUUCGUCUGACAUUUCUAUUCAUUCAUUCGUCUUUCUGAUGAAUGAAUGAAUGAAUGAGUAGAUGAAAUUCCCGUUCGCAUGUCCAGGUGUUUAACUGGGCAUGUGCGGGAAUUUCAAAGUCUAUCUAGUGUGGGCAGAUGACGUGUCCCACACCUUCCUCUACCCACACAAAGAUGGCGGUGCCCUGAAUAAAGAUCGGGGAAGAAAAUAAAGAAUAAUAAAUAGGUAAUAUGGGGCAUUUGGGGGUGACUAAGGGGUCAAUUAGAGAUAGUGGAGGCGGGAGGGGGGUUAAAAAAAAAACGGAAUUUUGCAUGACAGUUCCACUUUAAACACAUUUUACCUAACUAACAAGGUUAUCCACUAAGGUGACAAUUCCAAAUGAAUUUACAAUAGUAAAAAAAACUGGAACAACAAUUGUGUAAAUCAACUAUUCAAUUCUCACUUUAUUAAAUAACCCUGUAUAUAUUCUAUUCUCUAAUUUAUUUAUUAUCUCAAAUCUGUUAUUUUAGGAAAAACAAAAUCCAUUGACAGACUUCCACAUGAAAAACCUGCUGAUGACUGUUCUGAACCUUUUCUUUGGUGGGACUGAAACUGUGAGCACCACUCUACGGCACGGGUUCCUCAUACUUCUAAAAUAUCCCGAGAUAGAAGGUGCAAACCAAAAUGAGCCUUCACUGGGAGAUUUAAUUCAAGGACAUUAAUACAUCUAAGACGUUUCAGUGAAAAAAAAAACUCAAAUGAGAAUUACCAACUAGUGUUAUCAUUCGACAGUAGAGUAUAAGUUCCACAAUCACUCACAGGUUUGGAAAUAAAACAACCUUUACUUGUUGCUUUACAGCCAAGUUGCAUGAAGAAAUAGACCAUGUGAUUGGACAGAACCGCAGCCCAACCAUGGAGGAUCGGAGCCAAAUGCCGUAUACCGAUGCUGUGAUCCAUGAAAUCCAGAGAUUUAGUGAUGUUUUCCCGAUUAAUGUUCCUCACUCGGUCACACAAGAUACUAAGUUCAGAGGAUACGAUAUACCCAAGGUAUGGAGAGAAAAACACUCGACCGUCUAUAGAAUGUCAGAUUAUUACUUUCAUCAUAGAUAAUUGUAUUUACACAUUAUACUACCUACUCAAAAUUUCCACUCAUCCUCUAACCAUUGGGGAAUUAAUAUUAUUAAGUUCUAGAGAGUAGUAUUUUACCCCUGCAUUAAUGUGCAUUAGACCUCCAGAGUAAGAGUAGCAAGUAAACUUUUGGAUCUGUCUGUAGAGCAGGACUUGACAUUUUGAGAUUUAAACUCUAGUAAACGUCUGUACUUAUAUAGUGAAGGUAUUUACCCAUCUCUGAAUCCAGCCAAGUAAGACAUUGUAACUGCACACACAUUCCAGGCAUGUUCGUUGGUAUAUUAGCUACCCCCUUGGCAAACACUGUGUUUACAUAAAAUUAUUUGUGAAUUGAACAAAUUUCAUCAUGCCAUCCCACCCUUAAAAUAUUUUAAUAUUUCAACUAUUUGUGUUGGUAUUUGCAAAUUAUAAAUCAAAGUCAAACAGCAGCAUCUGAGGAGAUGCACUUAGAAUUCUGCGUAAAGUCAAUUCGCACACGCAAGAACAUUUUAGUUUUGUAUUUGUGUGAAUAUAACAGCACUGAUAGAACUAAUGAGAAGAAAACUCAAAACAAAUGAGGGCAAAUGAUGGUUGCACCAACUCUAACAAUUGUCCACAAAAAUUUGAUUGUGCAUUAACUUAUUCCCACCUCCUGGAUAUUAAUGCAACGAGUAACUAUUUAUAUAUCUGCUCAAAAUUCUAAAUACACAUAGGUGAAAGUUUAUAUUUAAAGAUCAGUCUGGGCACCUGCCAAUAAUAUCCUCAAGGCUGACUUAGUAUUUUAUUCAUCUUAUAUGAUUAUAUUUUUCCCACAGCAUGUCCCUGUUCACAGUAUUUAUUAUUUUUCUCCUCUCUUAUCAUCCAUCCCACCCCAACAGGGCACUGACGUUUACCCAUUACUUUGUACCGUUCUUCGAGACCCCAAACAGUUCGCCACUCCCAACAAGUUCAACCCGAACCACUUUCUGGAUGAACGUGGGCACUUCAAGAAAACGAGGCUUCCAUGCCAUUCUCUACAGGUAACGGCCAAAUAACGUAACUACAUAAUAAUAAAAUAAAUAGUAUAAAAUAAUAAUACUUACAUUAUAAGAACAUAAAAACAUAAGACUUUAACUUUUAUUAUCAACUCCAUAUCCUUCCAAAAGGUUACACCAGCAAUAACACAAAACAUAAUGUCAAUAUGUACAUAGAAUAAUUAAAUAACAAGAUUAAACAAGACUUUGAAUACACAUGAUAUGCUAAGCUCUUCACUACAAACUAGAGUAUUAAACUCAGAGAAUUGUAAUAUGAAAAAUUGAUUUGAAAGCAAAUAUUAUUGUCAACAUUUUGUGCACUUUCUAAAGAAAAAAACAUAUACACCAGAAAGAUAAAUUAUAUUGUCAAUUGUGUGAUAGAAUAACAAGCAAGAUUUUAAAAAUAAUGCUUUGAUUUUCACGACCUUAAUAUUAGUUUAAAGGACCACUAUAGUGCCAGGAAAACAUACUCGUUUUCCUGCCACUACAGUGCCCUGAGGGUGCCCCCACCCUCAGGGAACCCCUCCCGUCUGGCUCUGGGGAGAGGAAAGGGUUAAAAUUUGCCUUUUUUUUUUCCAGCGCUGGGUGGGGAUCUCUCUUCCUCCUCUCCGCCUCCGAUCCUCCUCUUUGGCUGAAUGCGCAUGCGCGGCAUGAGCUGUGCGCGCAUUCAGCCAGUCUCAUAGGAAAGCAUUUCCAAUGCUUUCCUAUGGACGCUUGCGUCUUCUCACUGUGAUUUUCACAGUGAGAAGCACGCAAACGCCUCUAGUGGCUGUCAAUGAGACAGCCACUAGAGGAUUUGGAGGCUAGAUUAACCCAUUUAUAAACAUAGCAGUUUCCCUGAAACUGCUAUGUUUAUAUAAAAAAGGGGUUAAUCCUAGAGGGACCUGGCACCCAGACCACUUCAUUAAGCUGAAGUGGUCUGGGUGCCUAGAGUGGUCCUUUAAGAAUACUAGGGAAUGGUGCCUAUCCCUUCCUCAAUCCAUUGGUCCAAACUCCAUAAUAAGACAACUAGGCGAUGCACAAUACCAGUCCUCAUGAGGCCAGAGAGAAAUCCCCAUCCUUCUGUUAAUGAUACUGAAGGAAACUCAGUUUACCCCCCCUUACCAAAAAGAGGACACACAGAUACUCAAUACACUUAAUUCCUAUGAGUUUCGAGGUACUAUUCCACCAAAACCCCCAACAUUUAAAUUACUCACUUCGCUCACCUCACCAGUAAUAAAGAUUAGGGAGGAAUGGGGGGGGGGGAGGGUGGCGCAAUAUAAAACAAGAACACUGUAGCUAGAAUAUAUGUCAUACUUAUCUAUCAAAGUCUGGCUUAAAGAUCUUCUAUUUUCUUUUACUAUACAAAAAGAAUAUUGUAACCUAAAGCAACUCUAAUGAAAACAAAAUAUAAACCAAUUGCAAAAAAAAAGGAAUUGGGAAAAUGUAAAAAUGUAUUCAAAUUCUUGAGGGUUCAAACUUUAUAUAGUCAUAAAACCUGACUUAAUAAGAUUUUAUAAGGAAUUCUAAUGACCACAUUGCCCUCUAUAUUCCAAAUGAGAGUGGGAGGGAGGAGGGGGAGGGAAACAUUGCUGGUAUUUUAUCUACUUCUUCUAUGGGACCACAAGUUUUAAAAAUAUUUUUUUUUUGGGUGGUUUUUUUCUAAUUUGAUUAUUGUUAUUGUUUUUGUAAUUUUAGAACCACAGUGCAUUGCUCUAGUCAAUGAGUAGCACUGACAGGGUUAAAUGAAACAUCGCUAAAUAAAAAAUAGCUAAAAUUAAAAAUGGUUCAUUGGAAGAUAGACAGACAGAACAGAAACAGACAGACAUUUUUUCUUCUGUGUUCAGAUUAUUAAAUGCCCAUUAUUGUAUUAUUUUCUUUCUCCAGGGAAGCGGAUCUGCCUGGGGGAGGGUUUAGCACGGAUGGAGCUCUUCCUCUUCCUGACCACCAUCUUGCAGAACUUCAAACUGUCCUCAAAAACACAAUUCACUGAGUCUGACAUCAGCCCUAAAAUGAAUGGAUUCACAAAUUACCCAGUUCCGUAUCAGCUCUCAUUCAUUCCCCGUUAG